AACUAUGCAAUAAUUAGUACGACUAUUUCGUAAUAACUUGAAAUUUGUACCGAAAUUAUUUAAUCGAUCUAACCUUACUUUUUGGAAGAUGACAUAUGAAUGACAUUAGAAAGUAGCAAGCGCAUGCGCCCCACGUUUGACAAAUGUCAAAACAUUCCGUGUUCCGUGCUUUUUGUUUUGGCACGAAAGUGCUGAAUAUUCAAAAAAUAAUAUGAAUUAUGUAUAUGUUACGUAUUGAGAAAUAAAGUAUAAGUGUUUAUGUAGUGUUUGAAGGAUAGUUACUUUAUAUUUUAAAUAAGUUAAGAUGGCCCAAGUGAAAUUAGAUAAGGAGCUUAAACGUGGUAAAAGCCGACGUAAUAACGUGUGUAGGCAGUUGCGAGUACUUGCAAUAAUCAUGAUCUCGUUUAUAAGAUAUUACAUUGAUCUCCUGAUUGACAAAAUCUUUGGAUUGUUCUACAACUCCCGUGUUGAACGUGUAGAGAAGCCCUCGAAUAAAAUCGUAUUGGAAAGUGCCACAACUCUGGCACGCAAAAUUCGCAAACGAGAGUUGAAAGCCGAGGAAGUCGUCAAGGCUUUCAUUGACAGAAUCCACCAAGUUAACAAACUCCUAAACUCUGUUGUGGACGAACGUUUUGACGAAGCAAUAGAAGACGCCCAAAACCUAGAUAAAGACAUCGCCGAUGGGAAAAUAACAGACAAAGAUUUUGACAAAAAGCCAUUUCUUGGGAUACCUUUUACUACAAAGGAAACAACAGCUUGCAAAGGUCUUUCCAGCACGUUUGGCUUGCUCAAUCGUAAGUUCCAGAAGGCUGAAUUUGAUGCACAAAUUGUGCAAGACAUGAAAAACGCCGGAGGAAUACUUAUCGCGGUCACAAACGUGCCCCAGUUGAAUCUGUGGCAAGAAACUUUCAACCCCGUUUAUGGGGUUACCAACAAUCCUUACAACACGACACGAAACGUGGGGGGGUCUUCUGGGGGCGAAUCGAGUAUUAUCGCAGCGUGUGGGUCUCCAAUUGGCAUUGGGACAGACAUUGGGGGCUCACUGCGUAUUCCUGCAUUUAUGUGUGGGAUUUUCGCACAUAAACCCACCUCAGGGUUGAUCUCAACCCAGGGACUCACGUUUAGAACAGGCAAAGAGAAAAAUACUAUGGUUGUAGUUGGACCUAUGACCAAGUACAGUGAAGAUCUCAUCCCGCUUUUGAAAGUUUUAAUAGGCGAAAAUGCGAGUAAAUUAAAAUUAGACGAAGAUGUAGAUGUGACAAAAAUCAGGGUUUAUUAUGUUACUGACCCUAAAGAUCCUUUUGUAAGUCCUAUAAGGGAAGAAAUGAAUAAAGCAAUGUUGAAAGUGAUAAGACACUUUGCCCAGAUUUUGCCUGAAAAACCUGAAAUGGUGAAUAUGCAGGAAUUGAAAUAUGGGGGAAAACUUUGGCGGUAUUGGAUGACACAGGAGCCAUCAGUCUCUAAUUUUAACCGUGAUUUGGGCAAUAGAGAAACUGAAAUUAAUAGUGUGAUAGAAUUAUUGAAAUUUUGUAUUAGGAUAAGUGAUUAUAACAUUGCUGUUAUGCUAAACUUAAUUAAUGGCCUUCUCCCCUCUGAGAAUGCCGAAUGGGCGAAAGAAACCACUGAUGCGCUUCAUAAAAAAUUAACGUCAAUUUUGGGCACUAAUGGGGUACUAAUAUACCCUUCAGCCCCGUUCCCGGCUAGCUACCAUUAUACAGCAGUUUUGAGACCUUGGAACUUAAAUUUGUUUGGAAUUUGGAAUGUCCUUAAAUUUCCAGUCACCCAAGUUCCUCUGGGGCUAGGCCAGGAAGGACUGCCUUUAGGUCUGCAAGUAGUCGCAGCGCCAUUCCAGGACCAUUUAGCUAUUGCAGUAGCUAAAGAAUUGGAAAAGACAUUUGGAGGAUACGUCCCACCGUUUUAAACGACAAUUUACGAUUUAGGGGUUUGGGGCUUUUUACAUCUUGAUACUUAAUUUUAUCUAUUUUGUACUACGUAUUAAUGUUUUCAGCUUGUUACAGACUUUAAGUCAGGUUUUUGUGCAAUUUUUGAAAUAAAAUUUUGGUUUUUUACCUUA